AUGUGUUAAAUUCUGGGGGUUUUUUUAUAGGCUGAAUUUGAGUCAGAACUGAAAACUGCUGGUGAGAAGCUUCUAGUAGUUAAUUUCUCAGCCGCAUGGUGUGGACCAUGCGAUAUGAUCAAGCCAUUCUUCUGUGAGUUGUGUGGGAAGUAUGGCGAUGUGGUGUUCAUCGAAAUUGAUGUGGAUGAUGCGCAGGAUGUUGCUGCACAUUGUGAGGUGAGAUGCAUGCCAACGUUCCAUUUCUACAAGAACGGAGAGAAGGUGCAGCAGUUCUCUGGGGCCAAUGCAGCGAAGCUGGACGAGACCAUUCAAUCUCUAAUGUAA